AUGAACAAGAGAACAAUUCCAAUCUUGCCAAUUGAAUUAGAGAGCUCACAGACUCCAAACCAAGAGAUAUGCGUUAGGGUUCCGUCUCACAUGACGGCCGUUGAAUCUACGACAAAGUUACCAGAAUUAAUGUUUCGAUCUGUGUUGGAGAAUAGCAGUCAUGCAAGUAGAACGCCAAGGACAUCAUCGAUUUUUGGCUCAGCUACAUCAGUCGAAGAACUGAAAGAAGACUCCGUCUUGGUAUACAUUUUAGAGAGAGCGUUACACUUACACGAGUUUAUUAACUGUUUGACAACAAAAUGUAGAAACAAAACAAUGGAUUUGAUUGACCUACUAUGGCAAAGAAACGUACCGGCAGCCAACCUUUUUGAACAGGAAUCAAUGUUGAACAGCAUAGAAUUAAGCUUGAACACACAGCACAGAGAUAACAUGACAAGAAAUCUCUCAGGAUAUGAUCUCAAGGUAGACCCCAUAAAGAAGACGGAAACUGCUUCUUCAGAGCAACGGCCCGACAGUUACAAAAACACUUAG